UUGAUGAAAUGUUUUAUCAGAAUGUUCGUGUGAGAGAAACAACAGUAAUGAAAUGAUUCAAAUAUAUAAAUAAUUUAUAGAAACAUGAGAGAGAUCAUUAUAAUCUGGGGCUGUUGAAGAUAUGAUGAGACCGGCACACAUCUCCGUCCUGCGACUCAUGAAGGAUUUUUUGAUCUCAUGUUGGUUACUAUGGAGGUUUACAGUCAGAGUGACAUCAUCAGAAGAUAUGAACUUGUGGAGGUCUGAACUUCAUCAUAUCGUGAUGUUGACUUCAUUGUUACUGUCCCAAUACUUAUGGACCUGACUGUGACAGUGAGGCGUUCAAAGACACUGUGUUAAUCAGAUUAAAGUGACGCUGACAGAAACAGACACCGAGCAGCUGCUGCGACUGUCAACACGUCUGAACUGAUCCAUCAGAACCUGAGGAGGCUGAAGGAACCAUGUGGGGGUUCUCUGCUUGUCUACAGGGAGGUUCUCUGAGGUCAUUGAUAGCGUUUCUGAAUGUCCAGGUUCAGAUUCAGGCUCUAAAGGUCCAGAGAGAGGUUCUUGUGUUCUGCAGGUCCAGAAAGUUCCAGUCCGGGUUCUAACUCUUCUCUUGUGGUUCCAGGAUGAUGCUGAAUGAUCGGUGGACCAUCAUGAACAACAGCAGCUCAGAACUCGACAGUAAACGACCAAACAAACACAAGAAAUGCUGCAGCUUCCUGUUAUGGUUUGCUGUGGUGUUGGUCGUCAUUGCAGCCGUUGUCACAGUAACCGUCACCAUCCUGUACCUGAACCAGUAUCCUCUACCUUUCAUUAGCAGGGGUGGAGUCUCCUCUUCACCUGUGAUUUCAACCAAUCCCAGAGAGUCUGGCGCCCUGGUGACAGUGUCACGUGUCACAGCAGGUGAACCAAUCAGCAUCUUCCUGGACCCCAACUGUCCGGACCACAGUGAGAUCUUCCUGCGGUGGGAGGAGCUACAGAGCUCCCUGCUGCGAGCGCUGACCAAUCACAACACAGGUGACUGGCAGGAGAGGGGAUUGGUUCAGAGACUGGGGGAGGAGCUGAAGGUGUUGUCAGGCCACGCCCAUAACAUGAGGGUGGAAGCUGAUUCGCUGAAAAGAGGUCAAGGUGUUUUGGAUCAAAGACUGGACGAGCUGCAGCGCGAGCAGAGCCGUACCCUGCAGCUCCAGUCUGACGCUCACUCAGCGGUUCUGAAGUUGGCGGCAGGAUUCAGUGAUUCUCUGCUCGGCCUGCAGAGGGAGACAGAGAGUCUGAGGAGAUUGAAGGGGGAGCUGCAGACACACAACAAGAACACAGCUCUCAGACCCAGACACUGUAGUGAUGUCAUGGCCUCCGGCGUCUCUCAGGACGGAGUAUAUUCUGUGUUUCCCACUCACAACCCCGACGGCUUCAUGGUUUACUGUGACAUGACGACUGACGGAGGAGGGUGGACGGUGAUCCAGAGGAGGGAGGACGGUUCUGUAAAUUUCUUCAGAGGUUGGGAGGCGUACAGAGACGGGUUCGGAACCACUACAGGAGAGCACUGGCUUGGUCUCCAGAGGAUGUACUCUCUGACGCGGUCCGGGGGGGUGGAGUUACGUAUCGACAUGGCGGACUUCGAUAACGCCACAGCGUUCGCUCGAUAUGCAGAUUUCUCUGUGGGUAGAGACUCGGUGAACCCUGAGGAGGACGGGUACCCGCUGACUGUGGACCAGUACUCUGGGACCGCAGGCGACUCCCUCUUGAAGCACUCUGGCAUGAGGUUCACCACCAGCGACCGGGACCACGACCAGUCGGAGAACAACUGUGCAGCGUACUACCAGGGGGCGUGGUGGUACCGCAACUGCCACACCUCCAACCUGAAUGGGCAGUACCUGAGAGGAGGCCACACCUCCUACGCCGACGGGGUGGAGUGGUCCAGCUGGACCGGCUGGCAAUACUCACUCCGGUUCACUGAGAUGAAGAUACGACCCAACUCCAAACAGGAGUCCUGAGUCUCUGAGUCUCUGAUCUGUGAACCUGAACUCUCUGAUCCCGAUUCCGAUCCCGAUCCCGAUCCUCAUCCUCAUCCUGAGCAGGACCUCAUCCUACAGAUUAAAGGGACAUUUCUUUCACUUGUGUUUUGGAGACUUGUGCAACAUGUCAAUGGACUGAAUGAGUUAAACCCUGACCUCUGACCUCUGUGUGAGGUUUUUAUGUUGUAAAGAAUCAGAUCAAUGAUGUCACUUGUGUCGUUGUGUUGUGAUCAAUAACGUUUCUUAUUGAUGAUUAAACAGUUUGAACCCG